AUGUCGACCUACGUCGGCAACAAGUUUGGCCAGCCGGACACUGACAAGCUGAAAGAGUUUGAAAAGCGGACGGACCCCAACGACAAGAAUGCUCAGGCCCUACUGGAGGAGAUGCGGCAGCACAUCAAGAAGUUGGAGGACAUGAGGAAGAACGAGGACCCCAGGCUGUCCUUCUCCACGCCGGAGUUCAAGGAGGCACAGCGGAUUUUCACGGACGGCUUCAAGAAAAACUUUGGCAAACCAGUGGAGUGGGCCCUUGUCAAGGAUUAUGCCUGGUCCACGCCCCAGCUCCGCAAGCUGGACAAACCUGUGGAUGUCGACGGCAAUCCCUGGCCACUGGACCCCAGCGGCAACCCCAUCCUGAAGUAG